AUAGCAACGUUGUGUGGGGCAAACACAGCUGAGCUGAGGUGUUGGGAAGUUCCCGACCCUUGUUGUUUCUAAGAUCCGCUGAAGUGUCUGCACACCUUCCAUUACGCGUCUCCAUAAACCCUUCUCAUCAUAUUUAUACACACAACUUUUCUACUACUUAAACAGCAAGAUGGUAGCUUGUAGUCUUGUAGAUAUUAGUAUUACCAAUUUUACAGCUUUUCUUGAAAUUGCAUUUUCCCGAUUUCUUUUUUUAAAAAAUUUUAUAAUUUAAGUUUUGAGGGGUUUUAGUGGUGAUAAGAAAGAGCUGGGAGAGAGACAGAGAGAGGGAGAGAGAGAUUGGUUGAUUGUGCGGUGUAUGGCGAGUGGUAUUCAUGGCCAUGUUCUUGAAGUCACUGUUGUUGGAUGUACCAAGUUGAAAGAUACAGAAUGGAUUUCGAGACAAGACCCUUACGUUUGCCUUGAAUAUGCUAGUUCCAAGUUCCGCACCAGGACUUGUAAAGAUGGAGGAAAAAACCCCACUUUCCAAGAGAAAUUCGUGUUCACCCUAAUUGAAGGAUUGAGAGAGCUGAGUGUGGUUGUCUGGAAUAGUAAUACAAUUACUUACGAUGAAUUGAUCGGUAGCACAAAGGUUCAAUUGCAGAAGGUUCUGUCUCAAGGAUAUGAUGACAGUCCCUGGACACUGAAUACUAAAACUGGCAGGUAUGCAGGAGAGGUUCGACUCAUAAUGCACUAUGCAAAUGCAAAUUCACAAAAGCAACCAAAGACUUAUGCUCCAUCUGCUCCACCAUAUGCAGCACCGUCUGUGCUAUCAGACUACGCUUACUCGCGACCAACUUCCUACCCUGCCCCACCAUCUUCAACACCUCCAUACCCUCAACCAUCAUCAUCCCCUUAUCCGCCACCGUCGUCCGCAUCUCCGUACCUGCCAUCGUUGUCCACAUAUCCGUACCCACCACCAUCUUCAGCAUCCCUGUACCCUCUGCCAUCUUCAGCAUCCCUGUACCCUCCGCCAUCUUCAUCAUCUCCGUACCCACCAUCAAAAUCAGCAGCCCUUUACCCGCCACAAGCCUCGGCGUACCCCAAUCCAUCUAAUAUUUCACAUCAACAUGAUUCAGCUCCAUAUCCUCCUCAACCAUAUCCGCCACCUUCUGUAUAUCCUCCUCAACCAUAUCCAUCACCUUCUGUAUAUCCCCCUCAACCAUAUCCACCACCAGCACAAUCCUCAAGCCAAUAUCCCCCAGAUCCAUCGUAUACAGGAACCUAUCCUCCACCAUAUUAAGGCUCAAUAAUCCUCGAGUGGAAUGAAGAACAAAAAUAUCAUCCUCAGGCCUUGUCACUGAGUCAUCCACUUCAAAUGAAAACAUGAUGCAAGAUUAGCAGAAUCCUUAAAUCCCAUGAAACUUCAGUUAGAUUAAGUUUGUGUUGUGUAACAUCAAAUGCUUGUCUGGUAUAUAAUUUCCUUUUUUUUAGUUAAUUGUAUAAUUUGAGUGUUCUUGAGCAA